GAAAAACUGAGAUAGUCUCCGUUUCCAUCCGGUCCAGGCGGGCGAAGUCGAUGAAAGUGGGGGCAGCUGCAAUGAGUAGAACUAUAAAACUGAUCGCAGCCCAUGAAUAGGAUUCUAUUCGAUUCGAAAUUCUUGAACACACAGUAUUAACUUAAUUCACUAAUAUCUGGUGUCUUACAAGAGAAAAGGAAAUAGAAUAUGGAAAACGUAUUGAGCAGCGCUGAUCAUGACAAUGAAGAAAUUGUCAUCACUGGUCUGUCUGGACGAUUUCCUGAAAGCAGUAAUGUCGAAGAAUUCAAAGAUCAUCUAUUUGCUGGCGUUGAUCUUGUCACUGAUGAUGGAAGACGUUGGCCAUCAGGUAUGUACAAUCUUCCAACUAGAUCUGGCAAGCUGAAAAAUCUUGAGCACUUUGAUGCACUUUUUUUUGGUGUGCAUGGAAAGCAAGCCCAUGUCAUGGAUCCGCAACUGCGUAUAUUGCUCGAAUUGACCCACGAAGCAAUUAUGGAUGCAGGUGUGAACCCGACUGAUAUACGUGGAUCUCGCACGGGUGUAUUCAUAGGUGUGUCUGCCAACGACUCAGAAGAAUUCUGGGGUACGGACCCUGCUAAAGUGAAUGGAUAUGGAUUCACUGGCUGUUGUAGGGCUAUGUUCGCCAACAGAAUAUCUUAUUCUUUUGACUUCAUUGGUCCCAGUUACGCUAUUGACACAGCCUGUUCCAGCAGCAUGUUUGGCCUUCAGCAGGCAUUUGCUGCAAUGAGAUCUGGACAAUGUGAUUCUGCUAUUGCUGGUGGAGUCAAUAUUCUACUCAAGCCCACAUCUUCUCUCCAAUUUCAAAGGCUCAGUAUGCUCUCACCGGAGGGAAUGUGUAAAACCUUUGACAGUUCAGGUACCGGAUAUGUGAGAAGUGAGGCAGCAGUAGUGAUAUUUUUGCAGAAAGCUCAAGAUGCAAAGCGUAUUUAUGCAACCAUUUUGAAUGCCAGAACCAACAACGACGGAUAUAAAAGGCAGGGAAUCACCUUUCCAGCUGGUCACAUGCAGAACAAACUCAUCAGAGAGACCUAUUCAGAAGUAGGUGUCAAUCCAGCUGAUGUAGUGUAUGUGGAAGCACAUGGAACAGGGACAAAGGUUGGUGAUCCACAAGAAGUGAAUGCGUUGGCAGACUACUUCUGCACCAAGGAUCGGGCUGCGCCGUUGCUCAUCGGCUCAGUCAAAUCGAAUAUGGGUCACUCAGAGCCAGCAUCUGGACUUUGCUCAGUUGCCAAAAUCAUCAUUGCCAUGGAGCAGGGUGUAAUUCCAGGAAAUAUCCAUUUUAAAAGUCCCAAUCCUGAUAUUCCAGCACUCAGUGAUGGGCGAUUACAGGUUGUUGAUAAGAACAUGUCGUGGAAUGGUGGCAUCGUUGGUGUGAAUUCGUUUGGAUUCGGAGGAGCGAACGCCCAUGUGAUCCUGCGUUCCAAUGCUAAACGGAAGAUGAUGUCCUGCCCAGGUCCAGUACCCCGUCUUGUCACGGUUUCUGGUCGAACUGAGGAAGCUGUUAAUGCCAUUCUAGACAAGAUUGAAGCUCUACCUUGGAAUGAAGAGUUUUUCUCACUACUUCAUAAUAUCCAUAGUUCCAAUAUACCAGGUCAUGGCUAUCGUGGAUAUGCCAUAAUUAUUAGUGAUAGGAUGGAACGACAUGUUCAGACAUUCAAUGGCAAUAAGAAGCCCAUCUGGUUUGUGUUUUCUGGAAUGGGGAGCCAAUGGACUGGCAUGGGUCGUGAUCUCAUGGUGCUGGAACCAUUCCAGAAAGCCAUCAACAAAUGCGCUGAUGCUCUCAGACCUGAAGGUGUAGAUCUACUUGACAUUAUCAUGAAGGGAGACGAUGCCACUUUCAAGAACCUUCUGAAUUCUUUCGUAUCGAUUGCUGCAAUCCAGGUGGCUCUAGUUGAUGUGUUGACCAGCGUAGGAAUACAUGCAGACGGAAUAAUCGGUCACUCAGUGGGUGAGCUGGGAUGCGCUUACGCGGAUGGAGCAUUCACAGCUGAGCAGACGGUGCUAGCAGCCUAUUGGAGAGGCCGCAGCAUCCUCCACUCUAAACUUACACCCGGCUCUAUGGCUAUGCUACCAAACCCUAAGCCACGCACAGCCAAAUGGAUCAGUUCAUCAAUUCCAGAAAGCUCAUGGCACACAGCUCUGGCACAAAGCUCAUCUGCAGACUACUAUGUUAACAAUCUGCUGUCUCCUGUUCUCUUCUACGAGGCCAUUCAACACAUUCCAGAGAAUGCAAUCGUGUUCGAAGUGGCACCUCACUGUGCUCUGCAGGCCAUACUCAAACGCUCAUUGGGUUCCAGCUGCACUAACAUUGGUCUUUCAAAACGUGGACAUACCGAUAAUUUGAGCUAUUUGCUGAGCGGCAUUGGAAAAGCUUAUAACGCUGGUGUCCAGCCCAAUGUUGGGAAACUCUACAAGCCUGUCACGUUUCCAGUAUCUCGAGGAACACCAAUGAUUCAGUCCAUGGUCAAAUGGGAUCAUUCCAUGGAAUGGAGUGUGGCAAAUUUUUCACAAAAAAUACAAGAUGAAUUUCGCUCCAGAGAAUGUGUGAUUGAAAUUGAAUUGAGCAAGGAAUCUGAUGCUUUCUUGACUGGCCAUGCUAUUGAUGAACGUGUCCUCUUCCCUGCUGCAGGAUACCUGACUCUUGUGUGGAGAAAAUUCGUCGAAAUGCAGGGCCUGUCCUUUGAAGAGACUCCUGUCAUACUGGAAAAUUUUAAGAUUCAUCGUGCAACCGUCAUGCCCAUGGAAGGGCCUGUCAGGUUUCUGUUCAAUGUUUUGGAUUACACAGGUGAGUUCGAAGUGUCUGAAGGAGGAUCAUUGGCAGUUUCCGGCCGGGUGCACUUGCCUCAAGAUGUCACCAAACAACAGAUUGACCUCAGCAGCCCUUUAGCAUUUUCACGUUCCUGUAACAUCACUCUCAAUGCUUCUGAUAUUUACAAAGAGCUCCGUCUCCGUGGAUACGAAUACAGUGGCGUCUUUCGUGGAGUUCUAGAAGCUGAUGACAAAGCGACGUUUGGUAGACUCGAAUGGAUUGGUAACUGGACCAGUUUUAUUGACUCGAUGCUGCAGUUUUCUAUCCUGGGUUUGACCACCCGCCAACUCUACCUGUACACUAAUAUACAGCGAGUUAUAAUCGAUCCCAAAAAGCAUCUGCAUCAAGUUCAAUCAUUCUUCAAUAACUCAGGUUUGCCAGUGUUCAUGUAUCGGGAUAUUGAUGUUAUGAAGGCCGGCGGUAUCGAAAUUCGUGGAAUGGAGGUAUCACUUGCUCCACGAAGGCAGCUAAGCCAGGCAUCUCCAAAGCUGGAACAAUAUAUUUUUAUUCCUUAUGAAUAUAACAAGCUCAUGCAUGUUGAUGAUGAAGCUAUCAAGCAGACUGGCUUGGCAGUCAUCUCCAGACUGACAACCUGCAACAAGAUUUUUGCACUUCUUAGAAAAGCUGCUCAGAAACCACGACCGACAAUAAUUGAAGUAAGUGAGAAGAAUUUCGACUGGGUUGAACGUCUGAAGAAGGCUUCGAAGAGCAGUGAGAGCAAUGGCAAACAAUACUUGAUUGUCUGUCAAGGGGAGAAGACGUGUGGUUUAGUUGGCAUGAUGAACUGUAUCAGACAAGAACCAGGAGGCUGCAAUUUUAGGACAGUAUUCAUUCAAGACACAACAGCACCAGCUUUCUCUCUAGACGUUCCUCAGUACGCUGAUCAGCUUAAGAAGAAUUUGGUGUUGAAUGUGCUGAAGGAUGGUGUGUGGGGUGGUUACCGUCACAUCCGGCUCAGUAAUACAUUGAAUGAUAGUGCAGCUACAACACAGGUCGAGCAUGCUUACGUCAAUGCUCUCACAAGGGGAGACCUCUCAAGUCUCAAAUGGAUUCAAGGACCUCUAUCUUCUUACAAUAGAGGAAAUCAUCCCACCAAAGAAAUGUGUAAUGUAUAUUUCGCGCCUCUCAACUUCCGUGACGUGAUGUUGGCUUCCGGAAAGCUGCCACCUGAUGCAUUACCCGGAGACUUAGCUGGACAGGAACAAUACUUCACCACCCAGGUAGCACACCUACGUGUUUCCAACGUUGAAAUUUGGUUGUUGAGAGCCUUAUUUGUUUACUUCUAUGCUCUCACAAGGGGAGAUCUCUCAAGUCUCAAAUGGAUUCAAGGACCUCUAUCUUCUUACAAUAGAGGAAAUCAUCCCACCAAAGAAAUGUGUAAUGUAUAUUUCGCGCCUCUCAACUUCCGUGACGUGAUGUUGGCUUCCGGAAAGCUGCCACCUGAUGCAUUACCCGGAGACUUAGCUGGACAGGAUUGCAUUCUAGGUCUCGAGUUCUCUGGAAGAGACACCAAGGGUCGUAGAGUUAUGGGGAUGGUUGCUGCUAAAGGCUUGGCCACCACUGUUCUCGCCGAUUCUGUAUUCUUGUGGCACGUUCCUGACAAGUGGACUCUUGAAGAAGCCUCUACUGUUCCAGUUGCUUAUGCAACCAGCUACUACGCGCUGAUCGUGCGUGGUCGUAUGAAUAGAGGAGAGUCGAUUCUGGUGCAUGCAGGCAGCGGAGGUGUGGGCCAGGCAGCCAUUGCUCUGGCUCUGCACAUGGGCUGCACGGUUUAUACCACAGUGAGCAGCCAGGAGAAAAGGAACUUCAUAAAAUCUACUUUCCCACAGUUGAGCGACAGAAACAUCACCAAUUCCCGUGAUACCAGCUUUGAGCAACACAUUAUGAGAGAGACGAAAGGGCGAGGUGUGGACUUAGUGCUCAACUCACUCGCUCAAGAGAUGUUGCAGGCCUCUGUACGAUGCUUGGCCAAAGGUGGUCGCUUCCUCGAAAUUGGAAAGAUCGAUCUCACCAACAACACCGCUCUUGGAAUGUCUUUUUUCUUGAAGAACACAACUUUCCAUGGAAUUCUGGUGGAUGCCUUAUUUGAUGCUGACAGUGAGAAUGAUGACAAAAAUGCUGUGUUCCAACUUGUCUCAGAAGGAAUAGAGAAUGGUGCAAUCCGCCCACUUCCAUCCACUGUGUUUUCCGAUUCUCAAGUUCAACAGGCAUUCAGAUUCAUCGGAUCUGGAAAGCAUAUUGGUAAAGUUGUCCUCAAGAUGAGAGAUGAAGAAGCAGCAAAAAUCAUAAUACCAAAGCCAAAAACAAUCAAUGCUUUUUCAAGGACAUAUAUGGAUCCGGAAAAAUCUUACAUUCUUGUGGGUGGGCUGGGAGGUUUCGGUCUAGAACUUGCCGGAUGGUUAUUGGAGCGAGGGGCAACCAAAAUAGUGUUGUCUUCGCGCGCGGGAACCAGAACCGGAUACCAGGCAGUACGCAUGCGCAGAUGGGUGGAGCGCAACGUCAAAGUGGAGAUCUCGACCAAUGACGUCACAACACUGGAGGGCGCCGAACAGCUGAUUGGUACAGCCGCCAAGAUGGGACCGGUUGGCGGGAUUUUCAAUUUGGCGGCUGUGCUAGGAGACGCGUUGAUGGAGAAUCAAACGGUUGAUAAUUUUGAAACUGUUUGCCGACCGAAAAUAUAUGCCACCAAGUGUUUAGAUGCUGUUUCCCGAAGACUCUGCCCUGACUUGGACUACUUUGUCGCUUUUUCUUCGGUGUCAAGCGGUCGAGGCAAUGCAGGACAGACUAACUACGGCUUUGCAAACUCUGCUAUGGAGCGUAUCUGUGAAACGCGAAGGGAGUCUGGUUUACCGGGACUGGCGAUUCAAUGGGGAGCCAUAGGGGAUGUCGGACUAGUCGUUGAUACUAUUGGUGACAAUGAGUCAGUGGUUGGAGGAACUCUGCCACAGCGCAUGAUUUCUUGUCUGGCAACCAUUGAUUAUUUCCUGCAGCAGCCUCAUCCUGUACUUGCAUCUAUUGUGCUUGCUGAGAAGACAAACUCAACCUCUGACGUGAAUCAGGUGACACUUAUCGAUACUGUCGCCAAUAUACUAGGCAUCAAAGAUGCAACAGCAGUAGGAAGCUGCACAACCUUAGCUGAUCUUGGCAUGGAUUCUCUGAUGGCUGCCGAGAUCAAACAGACACUGCAGCGCAGCUAUGAUCUGCAGCUCAGCACAGCAGAGAUCAGAACUCUCACUCUAGAUCGUUUCAAGGAGAUCGCAUCAGCUGAUGGAGGAAAACUUUCAUCGGGCCCUGAUCACAGUGAUAAAACUUCACAAGAAAAUGUUGAGGUUGAUAACAUUGGAGUAGAGAAAUCGGAUUCAAAACAGAUAAUUUCACAUAUUUCAUCAGAAUCCAGAAUUGGUCAGCCAGUUUCCAUGAUAUAUCCAGUCGAGAGACAGUAUAUACUAUCAGGCUAGAUGGGACCUUUACAAUAAUGGACUCUCCAUCAUGAACAGUGCCAUACGCAAAUAAUAUUAUCAUUUGAAUGAAUAGUAUAGAAUUUGAAACUACAUCGUCUAGAAUAUUACAUGUAUCGUAUAUCUAUCUACAUGCACUCUCCUCGGCUAUGUAGCUUAUAAACAUUCACUCUGGGGAUAAUGAUAAUUAUUAGUAAAAUAGAAAAUAUAUAUGAUAGUGAUUAUAAUGCAGUUCAUUUUGUGAAAAAAUCAUGGGCUAUUGUUAAAAAUAGUAUUCCGUGAGUAACUCCUUUUUCAACCAUUCAAGAUGUAGUCUUAUAACCAUUAAUCAAAAUAGCAAUUCAAAUGACGAAAAAUGGUUUAAUUUUAAUUUUUUCAUACAAAACUGACUUUAUUCAUUCAAUUGAAGAGAAUUGUUCUACAAGCAUCAGUGUAUUAGGUGCGAACGAAAUGCGAGCAGUACGCAAGAUGAUAGCAGGACGCGCGAUUCCUGUUCGCGUACAACGAACUGACCACGUUCCCGCUGAUAACAUGGAACACGUGGCAAGCUUGCACUGUGAUCUCGAUCACCGUACUUGGCGUAUCCUUGUACGAGAAACGCAUGUUUGUUGCGCAGAGCAUAAGUCUACGAAGCUUUAGAAAAGGAAACAGGCUCUCUCCACCCAAUAAUGUUUUAAAAAUAUAAGGUUCACGGGAAACCUUAUCAUUAUAGAUAUCAAGGGAUAUUAAUAAUUUCUGAUAAAUAUCGGGUAGACUCAGUUGAAUGUUGUCUUCUCAGAGAUGAUAUUAAUAUUUAGUCUAUUUUUUCAUUAUCACUCAUUCUCGAUAUUACAUGUUGUGUAUUCAAAAGAUUGAGAAAAUUUAAUGGAAUUACUGCAUUUACAUGCAUUUAUUCAUGAAAACACCUUAUUUAUCCAUUUAUUUCAUUCAAGUUACACAUUGAGAGGUCUCGUUUGAGCAGUGGUGAUGGCCGGUUGUGUUUUGAGGAGCGAUAAGAUAAGCGGUUAUUGCUGUGUCUCUGGCGAUUGUUGGAUUUCUCUCAUUUUGUAACCUCAAAACAGUCAUUAUUCGUAAUAACAUAAUAAUAAUUAGUCAACUACCACAAUCAACUCAACUAAUAAUUAUUACUAAUAAUAUACAUAAUAAUAAUUAUUACUAAUGUCAUGUUUUUAACAAUAUAGUAGAGUAAUCACAGUCUGGAUUCAAAUAAUUCUUGCAUCAAACUUAUAGUAUAACCACAAAGUAAAGACGUAAUAUAGUAAAGUUUCGAAUAAUUCUUCAAAGUAAAGACUUAUUAUACUAUUAUUAAUCUAUGGUAUAACGCAUAUAACUUAGUUCAAUUUAUAAUUUCUUAAAUUCAUAUUUUUAACUUCAUUCAAUUUAACCCAACCAUUUCAGUUAAUAAAUGGGCCUAGGCCUAGUGAAUUUCUGGUGUACGUUUUUUCGCUCUCUAAUUUAUAGUUUUGUCAAGCUUUAAUUUAGGAAUUCAGUAAUAAUCCAGCCUAAUUAAGUAAUACAGCCGACAGUUUCUAUAUGUAAAUCUACAUACACGUGGUAUAAUACUAGGAAAUUGAGAGAAAUUAUAAUUUUUAAUAAAGUCAAUUAAUUAUAAUAUAGCUAUUUAAUUUGCAUUGUAAUAAAGUUUGAAUUUUUAUUACCUAAUGUGCAUUGAUUGAUUCAUCACACCGCUCUUUUGUUUGGGUGCUUAUUACAUUAUAUAGCUGCAUUAAAGGACUUUACUGAUUGUUUUGUCCCUUCUGUUCGAGUAAGCGUUGUGCAGUGGUGUAAUAUAUUUUGUAAACACUGAGCAGCCUUGCUAUGGGCAUGUUGUCGGGCUUGUCCCGGGCCUGGACGGGAUACGCCCGAUCCAUAGGGGAGGCAUAAGUUAGGCUUUCAAUUUUAAAUUAACUUAUUAUAGCUAAGCAAGGCCACGUGAGUUUCUUGCGUUCGCUUCCGGCAGAGAAGCGGUUUGAAUCAAUCUAACUAUCAAUCUGACUAUAAAUCUAACUAUAACACUCUGAUUGAGAAAUAUCAAUAAUUAGAGAAAUCUACUGUAAUUAUAAUUGAUAAAUGAUCGCACAUUAAUAUUUUGCUUCGGAACUGUUUCCGUACUAUCAUGCAACUGCAUCUUGUUUCUCUCUAAUCUCAUCGGCCUCUUAUCUUCGCUAGGCUAACGGUUUAUUUCUUCAGCUCUCAUUUUUACCUUUCAACAUAAAAGCCUGUAAAGUAUUUCUAUCCAAUCACUUCUCUACUUCUAUUCUAUGUUAUGUAAUAGAGCUCACUCGUGUUAACCUUUAUAACAAAAAUAGUUACAGAAUCACGAUCUAUUCUUUGACAUUGGCGAGGGUUUAACGUUGCUAAGGACAAAUUAUAAAUAUUGUUGUGGUAUUGAUUGUUGUCAUGGAUCUCAUGGAAGUAAGAACUUCAAGAGGGAAAAUGGGGCUCCUUUAUAACUCAUUUAUCUUCCGUAAAUCUAACACUUCGAGUUGC